GCUGGAGGGCCGCUGCCCGGGCGCGCUCCAUAAAGCCAAUGGCCCGCACGCGGAGAACCCACUCGACGGCGGCCUCCUCUACCGCGGCCCAGCUCCCGGGGCGCCCAGCCCAAGCCCGGCGGCUCUUGGUGGCGGCGGGCGGAGGAGGGUUGUCGUGCCGCCCUGGGGCUGCGACCCGGGCUGCCGCUCUCGGCGGGCGGGGAGGCGAGGAAGAGGCGCCGCUGCUGCCGCCGGGGGGCCUGGGCCGUCGGGGCCCCGCGCCGUUGGAGCCGAGCACGUGGGCACUUCCUCCCCAGCGUCCGUCCCAGACUGAUGGAGUUCAGCUUGCUGACUGACUCUGAAGCCCACAGCCCGGCUCUCUCCCUCUCCGAAGCUGGGACUCCUCAACAUGAGCACGCCUGCAAAGGGCAAGAACACAGUGACACGGAAAAGUCUCAGCAGAACCAGACAGAUGACUCCAACCCUGAAGACGGCUCCCUGAAGAAGAAGCAGCGCCGGCAGAGAACUCACUUCACCAGCCAACAGCUCCAGGAACUCGAAGCCACUUUCCAGAGGAACCGUUACCCUGACAUGAGCACUCGAGAGGAGAUCGCAAUCUGGACCAACUUGACGGAAGCCAGAGUCAGGGUUUGGUUUAAGAAUCGCCGAGCCAAAUGGAGGAAGCGAGAAAGAAAUCAACAGGCAGAGCUUUGCAAAAGCAGUUUUGGAGCCCAGUUCAAUGGACUGAUGCAACCUUACGAUGAGAUGUAUAGUGGCUACUCCUACAACAACUGGGCUUCUAAAGGUCUGGCUGCCAGCACACUGUCAGCCAAGAGCUUUCCCUUCUUCAACUCGAUGAAUGUCAGCCCUCUGUCCUCACAACCCAUGUUCUCCACGUCCAGCUCCGUUGGGUCCAUGCCCAUGCCCUCCUCCAUGGUAUCCUCAACAGUGACUGGCAUGCCUGGCUCCAGCCUGAACAGUCUUGGGAGUCCUGGUCUUAGCACCACCAUUUCCUCCAGCACCUGCCCUUACGCUGCCUCCACUACCAGCCCCUACACGUACAGGGACACGUGUAACUCCAGCCUGGCUAGCCUAAGGUUGAAGGCGAAGCAGCAUGCCAACUUCACCUACCCAGCGGUGCAGACAGCUGCCUCCAACCUGAGCCCUUGCCAGUACGCUGCUGUGGAUAGGCCAGUAUGAGGGACCAGACACUGUCCCCUUUGCUUAUCCCAAACAUGGCCUGUAGCCCAAUGACCACACACGGACGGGCACACCAACUUCCAGCAAGAUGUAUUUCGUUAUUAUCAUGUUAUAAACUGUUGACACUCUUUUAGUAAAGUAAAUGCAGUUCUUCA